AUGGGCGCACAUACCCUAGAAGAGGGCAAGGCGAUACCAAUAAGCCAUGACUCUGACCCUCUUGACGAUGGUUUAUCUCAACAUGGCCUUCAAUUGACUCCGGAUGGUCGGUUCGUUCGAUGGCUACCCACAGAUAUGAAUCACCCCAGAAAUUGGUCAUUCAGAAGGAAGACAUAUGAUCUGACCAUUAUCAAUCUUGUGGACCUUUUUACCACAGCCUCCAGCACAGCUGGCACAAUCACUGCAAAAGCUGCGCAUGCAGAGUAUAAUAUAGACCAAACGCUGGCCAUAUUCCUAUUUGUGUCGGUGUCACUCCUGGGACAAUUGACUGGGUCAGUACUGUUUGCACCAUACUCGGAGACAUUUGGGCGUCGAAAGCUUUACAUAAUUAGCGGCAUCUUGUUCAGCAUUGGUUGUGUUAUUAUUGCGUCAGUUCAAUCGCUUGCAGCCGUCGUCGUUGGACGAUGCGCAACAGGAUUUCUCUCAAUACCGGCAAACGUGCUAGCAGGUAGCAUUGAAGACAUGUAUCGAAGUCGACAGCGAACGUGGUGGCUGUGUAUAUGGUCGGUUGCAUCGAAUUUAGGUCUUGUACUUGGGCCGAUCAUGGGUGCUUAUAUUACUAGUAACUUGGGCUGGAGAUGGGUCUUUUAUGUCGCUGCGUGUAUAAUCGGCUUUCUUACCAUCCUGCUUCUUUUCAUCCGGGAGUCACGUCCAUCUCUACUCCUCGUGCGCCAGGUUGCCAAUUUCCGACAGACAACAGGAAUGAAAACGCCUCCUCCGCUGAAUCCAGACCAUACGCCAGACCUUCACACAUUCAUACGCACCACCUUGGUCCGGCCAGUGGAGUUAUUCACUGAGCCUAUUGUGAUAUGUGUCGCCGUGAUGACAUCAACUGCUUUUGGCUUGGUAUAUCUGUUUACCGAAGCGCUCCAGCCGAUCUAUCAAGAUCUAGGAUUCACCGCGGAGUCUUCAUCAUUUGCAUUCGUCGGGUUGGGAAUUGGCACAGUGCUUAGUCUUCUCACUCGUUUUGCAGGUGACCGAAUUAUUGAGAACUAUCUGCGCGAUGGUCGUCAGCUAUUGCCCGAACAUAAGCUCCUGGGGAUAUACAUUGGUACACCACUGAUGGCUAUCGGUCUAUGGUGGUUUGCAUGGACUAUUCCUCCUUACGCUGAAAACAUGCAUUGGAUAGUUCCUACCAUACCUCUCGUGCUUAUUGGCUAUGCGAUAAACGAAUUUCCGACCGUGCUCUUGGGGUACCUGGCCGACAGUUAUUUGAGCUACGCGGCUAGUGGACUCGCAGCAGUCGCAUCACUACGUGCAAUCCUUUCAGCCACUUUCCCUUUAUUUGCGCGACAGAUGUUCUCAGCACUGGGAAACAAUGUUGCUGUUUCAAUACUGGCCGCAGUGGGGACGGUAUUCUGUGUGAUUCCGCCUCUGUUUGGACGCUAUGGCACGAGAAUCCGCGCAAACAGUAAAUUCGCUCGCUACAGCCUGCGGACUCAUGAAGAAAACUGCGUUGACAAAGAUGAGUUCCUACCAAAUGCUCCAGAGAUGUCGAGCUGA